UGAAUCUAGAAUUUUCCUUUUAAAAAAUCAGAAAGAAAAAAUGACAAAAAAUUUGAACAAGCCACAAGAGACAGCGUAAAGUUGCAUGUGUGUCCCUCAAACACCUGCCUCUCUUCUCGCUCUAAUCUCUCUCCCUCUCUCUCUUUCUCUCUCUCACGCCAUUGAAGCAUUCGAAUUUAAGAUUCAGGCUAUCCCAGAUUACAAAACCCUAAUCCCAUCCCAUGUGAUCCAUUCACGGGAGAUUAGUCCCCAAUCUCAAUCCUUAAUCUGCCAUGAAUUUACACUGAUUUCCAGAAAACCCACAAUAUUUCUCAUUUCCAGUCUCUGCAAAUCGCACAAUUUGUAGAGGGAGAGAGAAAUGCCAAGCGUAGCUGUUAAGCUCUACAGCGUGUUCUUCAAGUUCCUCUUGAAGCACCGUUUGCAGAAUCGGAUCCAAACCCAGCCCGAAGAGUUCAACCCUUUCGGCGUCACGUCCCGACCCGAAGAAACAAUCGCCUCACCCAAUCCUCUGUUUGACGACGGCGUUGCCACCAAGGACAUCCACAUCGACCCCUUCACUUCUCUCUCUAUCCGAAUCUUCCUCCCCGAGUCCGCUCUCAACCCACCCGAAACCGCUUCCAAGUCUAGGGUUACCGCUACCCCUAAACGAUCCGAUCUCAAUCAGGGAUCCAACCAAACCGAUCCGGCCCGCCAGAGCCUGAACAAUUUACCCGCCACCCCUUCUCGGCGCAACAGCUAUGGCAAUCCGACACUGUCCAAUUUGGCGAAAAGCGAGCAGAGAAGGAACAGUUACGGGUGUAGCACUGACAUAGAGAGUAUGAAUUUGAUGGCGAACGCUGGCGUGGGAGUGUACAGAGGCUACUCGCCGGCCAAUUUGACCAAGAACGGUCGAAAAUUGCCGGUCAUGUUGCAGUUUCACGGCGGCGGCUGGGUCAGUGGCAGCAAUGACUCUGUGGCCAACGACAUCUUCUGUCGGCGGAUUGCAAAGCUGUGCGACGGCGUCGUUUUGGCGGUGGGUUAUCGGCUUGCGCCGGAGAAUCGAUACCCAGCGGCGUUCGAGGACGGGUUGAAGGUGUUGAAUUGGCUUGGGAAGCAGGCCAAUUUGGCUGAGUGCAGUAAGUCCAUGGGAGGCGGACGGAGCACUCUCGGCGGCGUUACCGAGUUUAAGAAGGCCGAUUCUCAUCGGCAUAUCGUGGACACUUUUGGGGCUUCAAUGGUUGAGCCUUGGUUGGCUGCCCAUGGAGAUCCAACGAGAUGUGUUCUCCUUGGUGUGAGCUGUGGUGCUAACAUUGCAGACUAUGUGGCUCGGAAAGCUGUAGAGGCAGGCAAGCUUUUGGACCCUGUCAAGGUGGUUGCACAGGUGCUGAUGUAUCCGUUCUUCAUUGGAAAUGUCCCCACUCAUUCUGAGAUAAGAUUAGCAAACUCCUAUUUCUAUGACAAGGCAAUGUGCAUAUUGGCAUGGAAACUAUUCUUACCUGAGGAAGAGUUUAGCUUGGACCACCCAGCUGCCAAUCCCCUCAUCCCAGACAGGGGGCCACCUGUAAAGCUCAUGCCUCCGACCCUUACAGUGGUGGCAGAACAUGAUUGGAUGAGAGACCGUGCCAUUGCUUACUCAGAGGAGCUCCGGAAGGUAAACGUUGAUGCACCUGUGCUGGAGUAUAAAGAUGCAGUUCAUGAAUUUGCAACCCUUGAUAUGCUUCUCAAGACCCCUCAGGCCCAGGCCUGUGCAGAGGACAUUGCCAUCUGGGUCAAAAAAUACAUCUCACUUCGAGGUCAUGAGUUCUCAUAUUAGGUAGGAGACAACACACCCGAUUGAUGUUGCCACACGGUAUAAUCGGCUCUGCCCUGUGUAUUCUGUUAGAAACUGAGCAAGAGAAAACCAGUAUGCUGCCAUUACCUGGGAGGCUGGGAUGGAUACUAUAUAUUGUUUAGUUGGUUUCUGCAACCUUUAGCACUUGGGUUGUUUCAGUUUCAAAUUUACUUCUCGUGACCUGUCAUGUUCUGUGUUAUUUGUAAGAUAGAGAAGUCGCCUGAGAGUAGGAUUUAGAUGAUGAGCCUGUGAGAUGUACCCGCCUUUUUUCUAACAGGAGCGCCACAUUCGGACGUUCUUGUGCCAUUUUUUCCCUGUGCAUUACAAUGUACUGUUUCUUAUGAAUAGAGUUCAAUUCUAUUAAUCAAA